AAGAGCUAGCAACUGACAGUUGUGAGACCUCUCCUUUCGCUGGUCUUCAACAUUUUUAUUUUACCCACAUUAAACGGCGACGUCUGCUUAACCUACUUCUUCCUCCCUCUGUCAAACGUCUCCCCCCCUGCUUCCUCACUCACACUCACCUUUUGUUUUCCCCAAAGGAAAGCAGAAAUCAUUUUAUUGAUAAAUUCUGCCAAAAUUUCCUCAAACUUCAUUUUCCUUGUGUAGUUUUAAGCAGCGGUUUAAGCCCACUUCUAAAUUUAACAAAGUGCCCCAGUAACAGUCCCAUAAGGUAAUGAAAACCACUCUUUAUGGCUUCGAAACUCAUUCGAAUCGCAUCCUACCAAGCGGAAAACCAGCAAGAACUAUCUCUAAGGCAAGCUUUUGAUCUUCUCGAAUCAAAACUAAGACCCCCAUUUCCGCUAAUAAUCCCAAGCCCCCAAGAAUACACUCAACUUAAUCAAGCUAUACUUUAUGGUGUUUUAGUCGAACCCCAUUUCGCCAAAAUCCAUAUUAAGCACUUGCAUGCUAUUGUUGUUGAUGGGUAUAAGCUGUUUUUAAAUUUACUAGACGGACUUGUUAAUGAAUUGUAUGGAAAGUUUGUUGAUUCAGUUAAAGAUCAGUUAAUUUGGGUUACAAGAGAAAUGAUUGACGUUUCCGCGGUAGGCAUUGAUGGCUUGUUAGUGUCUUUGUUGAGGCAAAUUGUUGGUGGUGAUUUUAGUGGUGGGAAUCUUUGGUUAUGUUUCGAGUUAGUGGGUGUGUUUUUAAGUAAAUGGGAUUGUUUGUUAGAAGAAGAGCCUUUAGUUUUGACUAGUGCAUUGUAUACAUUUCUUCGUUUAUUAUCGGAUCAUUGUAGGCUAUUGAGGAAUCCGGAAUUAGGGGUAUUGAGGCAAUUGGAGAUUGAGUUUUGUGUCAAAAUGUUAAGGGAGCAGUUUCACCUUUGUUUGAAGAUAGGGAGGGAUCUUGUUCGAUUAUUACAAGAUUUAGUUCAUGUACCCGAAUUUAGAACUAUAUGGAAGGAUUUGGUUUUGAAUCCAAGUGAGUUUAGAACUGCUGGGUUCUCGGAUAUCUCAGAGCUGUAUUGCACAAGAACUUCCGGUCGGUAUUUCUUACUACGGAUUACUCCUGAAAUGGAAACACACUUGCGGUUUUUACUCACGCAUGUGAUGCUAGGGAGCCAGAAACGAUACCAGACAUGGUUUGCAAAGAAAUUUCUUUUAGGGCCAGAGAGAGAGAGUCUUGUUGUUGAUAUUGUCCGGUUUAUAUGUUGUGCACACCACCCGUCUAAUGAAAUUAUUCAGUCAAACAUUAUUCCCAGAUGGGCUGUUAUUGGUUGGCUACUAAAAUGUUGUAGGAAGAACUAUAUUGAAGCUAAUGGGAAGCUGGCACUGUUUUAUGAUUGGCUCUUUUUCAAUGAAAAAGUGGACAAUAUUAUGAAUAUUGAGCCUGCAAUGCUAUUGAUGGUAUGCUCCUUGCCUAAUUAUAUUGACUUCACUCACUCCCUUCUUGAGUUUUUGCUUCUUCUUGUGGAUAACUAUGAUUUGGACCACAAAGAUAUUUUAAUUAGGGGUGUAUCAUCAGCAUUUCAUACAGUUGUUCAGAAAGGAGUGGUACAUUCAUUGGAUGUUCUCACCCGUUGUGAUGCACUUUCUCCUUCCAUUAGACAAAGGCUUCAGAAGCUCUUGCUUCAAUAAACUGAGGGAAGCAAUUCAAACUGAUGCCUCAUCUCAAUCUUCUGUGAGUAGAAGAGGAAGCAUGAAUCAUGGGACUAUUGAAUUUGUUGAGAAGGAUAACAAGUUGGAUUCCAGCUCUCAUCUCAACGUGCUAGAUUUUCAUCAAUGGAAUCGUUGAAGCAAGGGGAAAGCCAAUCAAAGAGAAACAAGAAGCUAGAAUUUAGUAGUAGUUGUGUCUCAUCACUUCCAAAUGAAGGCUCCCAAUGGGGAGAACUUGUUAUUUCUAAAUCUUUUAAUCUGGUAUAUGGAUCAUCCAAGAAAUUUUUCUCAGCUUCUGUUCCUGGAUCAAGAAUCGUUUCUCGUGCAACAUCACUAAUAUCAAGAGUCAAGACGGCCUAGCCCUCCUCGUUCAACAACACUCACCCCAACCCGUGGAGGCCUCACCUCCACUGAAAUAGUUAUGGGUGAUGCUAAGAGGACCAAUGAUAGCCUUACUCAAGAGGUUGUCAGAUUGAGACCAUAAGUGGAGAAUCUUAGAUGUAAAGCACGGCUUCAAGGAGUUGAGCAGGAAAGGACAACCAAACAGCUGAAGGAGGCGAUAGCAAUUGCAGAGGUGGAGACUGCAAAACGCAAAGCAAGUCAUCAAGACACUACUGCCCAAGUAAGAUGGAUUUAUGUUUGUUGUGGUCCAUCGAUAUCUAUUUUAAUAAAAUGUUUGCCCUAUAUCUCUGCAUUGCAAUGUGUAUGAGUAAUCAUUGUUUGAACAAUAAUUUUUUGUCCUCUCUUGUUGUCUUUGCUAUAUUAAGUUAUUUCCCCCAGUUUUGGCACUCUGGUUACCUUUAUUUAUGUCUGAAGCUCUUUUCUUUCCUUCAAUUAAC